AUGCCGAUUCGAUUCCACCCACGCGCCUCCCGGGCUCCCGAUCCAACCCGAGCUCGGAUCGAUCAAAAAGCACCCGCCGAGUCUUUCCCGGAAACAGAGAUCGGUGGUGCGGGCUUGGGGGGGUGGAGGACCAUGUGGGACUCCGUCGUGCGUCGCCCCCUGCACCUUCUCAAGACCGCCCCGCGCGAGCUCUGGCUCGUCUACGUCUUAAAGGCUCUGGACAGCUACGGAUACUUCGCCCUCAGCGAGGUGUUCACCAUGCUCCUCUCCGACGAGUUUGGCGCAUCGGACACCGUCGCGGGUGCCGUGUACGGAGGGUGGGGAACGGCCAUCACGCUGUACGGGAUACUGACGGGGACGCUCAUAGACGCCAUGGGGGUACGAACGAGCCUGGUCGCCUCGUACGCGCUGCAGACGGCGUCGAGGCUCGUGCUCGUGUACACGAGGAGCAUCUCGCUCGCGUACACCAUGAUCUUUUUUUUGCAACCCCUGGCUUCGUCCUGGGGCGCGCCGGUGCUGACCAUCGCCAUCAAGCGGCUGGUGCGAGACGCGGACAGGACCGUAUCCUUCGGGCUGUUUUACGCCAUGAUGAACGUCGCGGCGCUGCUCUCCGGGUUCGCCAUCGACGCCCUGAGGCUCGGCCUGCCGCGGGGAAUCUCGAGCGACGAGUCCUCGCCCCUCGCAUCCCCCGUGCGCGUCGUCGUUCUCAGCACCGUGGCGACGUCCCUCGGCGCCUUGUGCGUGUCGUGGAGGUUCAGGGACCUGCCCCAUCGCGGCGGCGGGGGUGCGCGCGAGACGGGGGAGGGAGGAGGCGCGGUGACGUGGCGACGCGACGCGGUGGAGAACGCGAGGGGCGUGCUGAGGAACCGACGCUUCUGGCAGUUUCUCGCCAUGGCCGUCUUCACGCUCAACCUCAAGCAGAUAUUCCGGCACAUGGACGCCACGUUCCCCAAGUACGCGGUGCGAGCGUUCGGGUGCGACGCCCCGUUCGGCAGCAUAUACGCCAUAAACCCGGCGAUGAUCAUCCUCGGCGUCCCACUCGUCGCGGCGGCUACGCCCAACGUUCGCCAUUUUGACAUGAUCUUCCGCGGCGGUUGGAUCACCGCGAUUUCGCCUUUUCUCCUCGCGUGGCACCAAACGUACGGCGGCGCGUGCGCCUUCGUGUUCGUACUGAGCCUCGGGGAGAUGGUGUGGUCCCCGCGAUGGUACGACUACACCAUGGCGUGCGCUCCGCCGGGGAAGGAAGGGAUAUUCGGCGCGUUGGCGCUGGCGCCCGUCUUCGCCGCCAAGUUACCGACGGGUCUCUUGGGCGGAUACCUGCUGCAGACGCACUGCCCGGCCGACGCUGGCGGGGACUGUCACCAUUCGGGGCGAGGGGCGACGGUUGGGGGCGAGGUUGGGGGCGAGGUCGGGGGCGAGGUCGGGGGCGAGGUUGGGACGAGAUGCGACGGUCGGGCGCUGUGGGGUACCAUCGGCCUCGUCACCCUCACCUCGCCGGUUCUCAUAGCCGUCUUCCACCGAUGGCUCAGGGACAGCGGCGACGGCGACGGGGAGACGGACGGGGAGACGGACGGCGGCGGCGGCGGCGGCGGCGGCGGUUUCGUCAGGAGGGCGAUCGUGGGUGGAAAGACGUACGAGCGGUUGGAGAGGGCGGAGGAAGACGGCGGGGGAACCGCGGGGGAUUGA